AUGAGUUCACAAAGGAGAGCUAGCAAUGAUUUGUUAAAACAAAUCAGUGUCAUUAUCUUGAUUACAUUUUUUGUUGAGAGAAAUGAUGAAGAAGCUGUGUUGGACAGAGGGGGAACAUGCACCAUUCAAAAAUCGCAUUUUGAAAAAGAAGACUUGGAAGGUCAUCGGACUUUGUACAUUGGUGUUCAUGUACCACGAGGAAGGCGAAGCCACCGACGACACAGGCAUCGUGGGCACAAACAUCGCAAGCGUGACCGAGAGAGGGACUCCAGCACAGAGGAUGGUAGAGAGUCUCCUACUUAUGAUACUCCAUCCCAGCGUGUGCAAUUUAUCCUCGGAACAGAAGACGAUGAUGAGGAACAUAUCCCUCAUGACCUCUUCACUGAGCUUGAUGAAAUCUGUAUGCGUAAUGGUGAAGAUACAGAAUGGAAAGAGACUGCUCGAUGGUUAAAAUUUGAGGAGGAUGUCGAAGAUGGUGGAGAUCGAUGGAGCAAACCGUAUGUUGCUACAUUGUCACUUCACAGCUUAUUUGAGUUGAGGAGUUGUAUCAUCAAUGGGACAGUCCUGUUGGACAUGAGGGCCAGCACCAUUGAGGAGAUUUCAGACCUAAUUCUGGAUCAACAAGUGGCCUCAGGACUAAGUGAUGAUGUCCGUCAAAAGGUUCAUCAAGCCCUCCUAAAACGACAUCAUCAUCAGAAUCAGAAGAAGCUUAGUAAUCGAAUUCCUAUAGUCAGAUCCUUUGCUGAUAUUGGAAAAAAACAUUCUGAUCCACACUCAUUGGAUAAAAAUGGUCACAUGAUCUCACCACAGUCUGCACCCGCUAAUUUAGAAGGCAAAACUGACGUUAGCCGAGAGAACAGUACUGUUGACUUUAGCAAGGUGGAUAUGCAUUUUAUGAAAAAGAUCCCUGCAGGUGCAGAGGCUUCGAAUAUUUUAGUUGGUGAACUUGAAUUUUUGGAUCGAUCAAUAGUAGCAUUCGUCCGUUUGUCUCCUGCUGCUGUUCUCUCAGGAGUUGCUGAAGUUCCUAUUCCAACACGAUUUUUGUUUAUUCUCUUGGGGCCUCUUGGUAAAGGUCCACAAUAUCAUGAAAUUGGCAGGUCGAUUGCAACCCUGAUGACUGAUGAGGUAUUUCAUGAUGUUGCAUAUAAAGCAAAAGAUCGUAAUGAUUUAGUUGCCGGUGUGGAUGAAUUUCUUGAUCAGGUGACUGUUCUGCCACCAGGGGAGUGGGACCCAUCAAUCCGAAUAGAGCCACCAAAAAGUGUACCUUCCCAGGAAAAAAGAAAAAUUCCAGGGAUUCCAAAUGGAACCACAGCUCAUGGGGACCCUGACCCAUUUGAAGGGCACAGUGGACCUGAGCUACAGAGAACUGGAAGGCUAUUUGGUGGAUUAUAUGAAGACAUCAAAAGAAAAAUCCCAUAUUUCUGGAGUGACUUUCGGGAUGCAGUCAACUUGCAAUGUGUCGCAUCUUUUCUGUUCCUUUACUGUGCUUGUAUGUCUCCUGUUAUCACAUUUGGUGGUCUACUUGGAGAAGCCACAGAAGGUUGCAUAAGUGCAAUUGAAUCUCUGUUUGGAGCAUCUAUGACAGGCAUAGCAUAUUCACUGUUUGCAGGACAACCACUAACAAUUCUAGGAAGCACAGGACCAGUCUUGGUGUUUGAAAAGAUAUUAUAUAAAUUCUGCAAAGAUUAUGGCUUAUCCUACCUUUCUCUGAGAACCUGUAUUGGACUUUGGACAGCUUUUCUUUGCAUAGUUCUCGUUGCUACAGAUGCAAGCUCAUUGGUCUGCUACAUCACCCGGUUCACUGAAGAAGCAUUUGCUUCCCUUAUUUGCAUUAUUUUCAUCUAUGAGGCACUAGAAAAGCUGUAUCAUCUUGGUGAUACAUACCCUAUCAAUAUGUACAAUCACCUGGAACAGCUGACCCACUAUUCAUGCAUUUGUGUAGAACCACAAAACCCAAGCAAUAAAACUUUGCAGUACUGGAAUAGCCUCAAUGUCACAGCAACAGAAAUUCCAUGGGGAAAUAUGACUCUGUCUGAAUGUAUACAAUUUCAUGGAAGCUUUUUCGGGACAGCCUGUGGACACCAUGGCCCGUAUGUUCCAGAUGUUUUGUUCUGGUCAAUUAUACUGUUCUUUUCCACAUGUACGUUAUCACAUUUCCUGAAGCAAUUUAAAACCAGCCGGUACUUCCCUACUAAGGUACGAUCAACAGUCAGUGAUUUUGCUGUCUUUCUUAGUAUUGUAACUAUGGUUUUAAUUGACUAUGCACUUGGGAUCCCAUCGCCAAAGCUCCAAGUCCCCAGUGUUUUCAAGCCAACUAGAGAUGACCGUGGUUGGUUAAUUAAUCCUUUGGGUCCAAACCCAUGGUGGACAAUAAUAGCGGCUUUUAUACCAGCCCUACUUUGUACUAUACUAAUCUUCAUGGACCAGCAGAUCACUGCAGUUAUUAUAAACAGGAAGGAACACAAAUUGAAGAAAGGAUGUGGUUACCAUUUGGACUUAAUAAUUGUGUCCAUCAUGCUUGGAAUUUGCUCUAUUUUGGGGUUGCCCUGGUUUGUUGCUGCCACUGUACUCUCCAUAUCACAUGUCAACAGUCUGAAAGUGGAGUCUGAAUGUUCUGCACCUGGUGAACAACCAAAAUUCUUGGGUAUCCAUGAACAACGAGUAACUGGCCUUAUGAUAUUUUUUCUUAUGGGGUCAUCUGUCUUCAUGACCUCUGUUCUACAGUUUAUCCCGAUGCCAGUAUUGUAUGGAGUGUUCCUAUACAUGGGUGCAUCUUCUCUAAGAGGAAUUCAGCUAUUUGAUCGGUUAAAGCUCUUUGGGAUGCCUGCAAAACACCAACCAGACUUCAUCUACCUACGACAUGUGCCUCUUCGGAAAGUCCAUCUCUUCACUGUGAUUCAAGCUUCUUGCUUGAUUAUUCUCUGGGUAAUAAAAGCUUCCCGGGCAGCCAUUGUCUUUCCUAUGAUGGUUUUGGCACUAGUGUUUAUACGAAAACUGAUGGAUUUCAUCUUCACUAAACGAGAGCUGAGCUGGCUGGAUGAUUUGAUGCCUGAGAGUAAAAAGAAAAAAUUAGAAGAUGAAGAAAAAGAAGAAGAACAAAUAAUGUUGACGAUAGAAGAGGAAGGAACAAUUCAGUUACCUUUGGAUGGAGAUUACAGGGAUGAUCCUUCUGUUAUUAACAUUUCUGAUGAAAUGGCCAAAACCUCUGUCUGGAAAGCACUCCCUAUGAAUACUGAAAAUGCAAAAAAUAAGGAUACUUAUUUUUCAUCAAAAAGCUACUCAUACUGUUUUACACAAGCUGUGCAGAAGAUACAGAACCAAAUAUAA